AUGCAGAUGACGGAAUCAUUUGUGGAUUCAUUCCAUAGCCAGCUAUCAGUUGUACCUGACACUGACAUAAGGGCCAACUCAUACACUGGGCAAGUUAAGGACGGUCUCUUCCAUGGGACUGGGAUAUUUUAUUAUGGGGACAAUGAAAGGUACGAGGGUAAUUUUGUUUAUGGCAAAAGAGAAGGUAAAGGGAAAUUCUACUAUGCCGAUGGAGCUGUAUACGAAGGGGAAUGGGUGGACGAUAAAAUUAAGGGCAAAGGAACUGCCUACUUCGCCAGCGGAAAUAUCUACGAAGGUCAAUGGGAUAACGGACGUAUCAAUGGAUAUGGGACGAUGAAAUUCGUGAACGGUGAUAUCUACGAAGGCGAGUGGAUGGAAGGGACGAUGCAUGGUCAGGGGACAUACAGAUACGCAGAAGGUGAUGUCUACGUAGGACAAUGGCGAAAUGAUAAGCGCCAUGGUAAGGGUGUAGUCACAUACAUGUCUUCUAAAGGGGACGUUAUCGAAUUUUACGACGGUGACUGGGUCGACAACGCAAUGAGUGGGAAAGGCAAAUAUCAAUACGCCGAUGGUGCCGUAUACGAAGGUGAUUGGUAUAACGGGAAGAUGCACGGGAGUGGGCAAUACACUUUCCCUAACGGCAACAGGUACGAUGGGGAGUGGGUUAAUGACCACAAAGAAGGAUAUGGAACACUGACCUAUUCAAGCGGCGAAAAAUACGAUGGAUACUGGUUAAAUGAUAAAGCACAUGGUACCGGCAGCUUCAUUUACCCAUCGAAUGACAAAUAUGUUGGAGAAUGGGAAAAUUCGAAAAAACACGGGACAGGGGAGUUAAUAUAUGUCAAUGGUGAUCGAUUUAAAGGUGUGUUGCUUUUUAAUAUGCCACAUCACAAAUACCUCAGGUACAUGGGUAGAGGACCAAGCCACCGGAUAUGGUAUAUUCGAAUACGCCAACGGCAAUCGCUACGAAGAUUACCACAUAUUUCGAUUUUGGCUAUGAAGAGUGAUGUUGAUUACAUGCUGAUAUCAAAUAUUGAAGAAUUUUCCAGCGUCAGCGCAGUCAUAACGACUAUUGCCAAUGCCAUUGAUAGUCCCUUAAGGUCGUUGGAAUACGGCUUUGAAGAUGUUAAUACAAAACGACAACUCAUAGAUGAGCAAGAUGAAGCUUUACAAAGGGCCAUGGAAGCCGAUAUUUCCCGAAUGCGCGCCAAUGAGUUGCAGGCGAACAACGAUGUGCAUAAGGACAUACAUCGGGAGGAUGCAGUAAUCAGACGUCAACGGUUAAUUCGCGAUCGCAAAACAUUUGCAAAGCAAUUCGCUAGCAAAACUUCUACCGGGGACACAAAGAUAAAGCUGGCCUAUUUGCGCAGUCUCAAGAGCACAUUGGAUGCGCAAGGCCACGCUGUCCUGGAAAUGCCAACGGGGACAGUUUCAACAGGAUACUUUUUGGCCAUUGGACUAUGUUCGCGUCGCAACCUGUGCAUAAAUCCUACGGUAUCGUCUUGCGCUGAUCGGACAAAGAUCGACGAGUUAUCCCAGAUUCUUUGUUGUGGACCGUGUUUAGGGGUAUACACGCUGGAGGGUUUGAAGGAGUACUGCAACAAUUUCAGAGACCCAACCAGCGGAGUAUCAGCUCCAAUAUGUCCAUACUUUGCCUCUAGAAGGGCACUAGAUAUGGCAAAUGUGGUUGUGCUCAAUUAUCAAUACCUGUUGGAUCCCAAGGUAUCGGAAGCAGCGUUCUCCCACCUAUACGCCACGUUGCCAACGGACAUAAGCAAAAACAAGGAUGAAACACCCAGCCGAAAACGUGAGAAUAAGACGAAAUUGCCUAUAGUGGUUGUAUUCGACGAGGCUCACAACAUCGACAACGUAUGCAUAGAGGCAAUGAGUGUCGAAUUAAGUGAUGACACGUUGGACGAGGCCUUUUGCAACCUAGCCAACAUAGAGGAACAUGUACGCCAGCUUCGUGAAAGGGACGAAAAUAUUUUGCUGGAAGAGUAUCGGAAAUUGGCAGAAAACAUUCGAGAAGCUUCGACAGACAUAGAAGGUUACAUGUGUCCGGUUUUGCCCGCAGACGUUCUGCAUAAGGCAGUUCCCGGAAAUAUCCGUCAAGCGGAACAUUUCAUUUCCUUUUUGAAGGUAGUGGUGGGUUAUCUAAAGCAGUACAUCAAGGUGCAAGAGCCCAAGUCAGAGGGUCCUUUGAUGUUCCUGCACAGGUUUGAACUGGAGACCGGUAUCGGUUCUGCAACUAUGCAGCACAGCUAUGGACGAAUGAAGUCAUUGCUGAACACACUGAAGAUCACAGCCGUCGGUGAUUUAUCGGCGAUUCAGUUGGUAGUUGAUUUUUGCACAUUGGUGGGGACAUAUUCCACCGGUUUUAUUGUUAUCGUUGAGCCGUAUCCACAGGGAUCAUUGUACGAUCCUACUCUCCAGUUCAGCUGCUUGGAUGCGUCAAUUGCAAUGCAACCGGUGGUUGACAAUUUUCAGUCGGUGAUACUGACUUCGGGUACGAUUUCACCUUUGGACAUGUACCCGAAGAUUCUAAACUUCACCCCCGUACUAACACAGUCUCUACCAAUGUCUCUGGACCGGGAUUGUCUUUGUCCAUUGAUUGUGUCCAAGGGUGCCAACCAGUUGCAAAUGUCCACCAAGUUCGACCUGCGUAAUGAUGUAACAGUGCUCCGCAACUAUGGCAGCUUACUUAUAGAGUUGUGCAGAAAUAUACCUGACGGCGUGGUCUGUUUCUUCCCAAGCUAUGCGUACAUGGAACUUAUUGUUUCUCACUGGUACGAGUGCGGCAUUAUAGCGUCUAUAAUGGAACAUAAAUUGAUCUUUAUGGAAACAAAGGAUGUUGUUACAACAACUUUGGCACUACACAACUAUCGCAAGGCAUGUGAUACCAACUAUGGCAUUUUGGAGAACGAGUUCAUGACCUUUGACGCUAUGCGUCAAGCUGCGCAGUGCGUCGGCCGCAUUAUCCGCAACAAGAGCGAUUUUGGUCUUAUGGUAUUUGCUGACUCACGUUAUAGUCGUGCGGACAAGCGUUCCAAGUUACCUCCGUGGAUUCUAAAGAACCUAGAACCGUCUAAUAUGUCGCUUACCACGGAGAGCGCCGUCACUGCUGCGAAGUUAUUGCUACGCAACAUGGCACAGGACUACGUGUCCAGCCGCUUCACCCGAUUCGACCAAGAUAUGCUGAACGACGAGGCCAAAUGGUGGUCUUCUGUGCAGAACGUCCUGCGUCUCUCCAAGCACUAA